AUGGACGAUCUUGACGACAAGACCGUCACUAUCCUCCUCUUGGGAGACAGCGACGUUGGCAAAUCCACGUUUCUAUCACGUCUCAGCUUAGGUCGCCGUGCACCGCCAGAUGGCAAAUUGCCCGCGCUUCGCGACUUCGACCAGCCCUUCGUCUUCAAUGUUAAGAUGUACAACCGACCAUAUCGCUUCGAGUUCUACGAUACGGCCAGUCCUCAAAACUACACAUUGAUACAGCCAGACGUCCUGGUGCUCUGCUUUGAUAUCUCAAAUCGCAAGACGUUGUAUUCGUUGAAGACGACGUGGAAAGGUACAGUCGACGGUCACUUCAACAAGAGCGAGAAGGUUCCCGUCAUUGUCGUCGGCUUGAAGAGGGAUCUAAGACGAGAAUGGACGGAGCAAGAGCGGAGUUCAGGUGUCCUGGGCCAGAGCAUCAUGCCGCAAGAGGGCCUUCGUGUCGCUCAGGAAAUGCGAGCUGAUCGCUACGCUGAGUGUUCUGCCGUAACCGGAGAGCUGUGUCAAGAAGUUCUUGAGGAUAUAUCUCGGACGGCAGCUCUAACGACGACGGAUGCAGGCGGUCGAACGCCGGGCGGCUGCAAUGCCAUGUAA